ACCUGUACGUCUGGUCUUUCAGUUUUGGCUCCGCUCAAUCGGGCCCAUCUCGACGCCUGCGAGGUCGACCUACAUGCGGGCGUUGGGGUGGCCGGAACGGUGCCUCGGGGCGUGGGGGAAAGGCAGCAAGGGUUGAAUGCCUCCUGCCUCUCUGAGAGUGUCUAUCUCGACAUUGCAUAA